CAACAACUUCACCUCUAAGCCUCAUUCUCAACUGCGCACUACAUCUGUCAGCUGCACGAAGUUUAAUUCUCCUGCCAAGGCAAACACCAACGUCACCACACUCUCGCGCACUCAAAAUUCCAGCUAGAUCUUCACACACAUUACCAUGGGCUCCGUAGUCCUGCCCCACUUGCGCACAGGCUGGCACGUCGACCAAGCCAUUCUCUCCGAAGAAGACCGCCUCGUUGUCAUCCGCUUCGGUCGCGACUCGGAUCCCGAUUGCAUGCGCCAGGACGAAGUACUCUACAAGAUCGCAGACCGAGUGAAGAACUUCGCUGCGCUGUACGUCUGCGACCUCGAUGAAGUACCCGACUUCAAAGCUAUGUAUGAGCUGUACGAUCCAUGCACAGUUAUGUUCUUCUUCAGGAACAAGCAUAUGAUGUGCGAUUUUGGCACGGGUAACAACAACAAGUUGAACUGGGUACUUGAGGAUAAACAGGAGUUGAUUGAUAUUAUUGAGACGGUGUACAGGGGAGCGAAGAAAGGGAGGGGUCUAGUGGUCAGCCCAAAGGAUUACUCUACGCGUUAUCGCUACUAGAGUUCAGCGUUGGAGCAAUGGGAGACUGGGUGCGCAGCCCCAACAACGGUUUUUACCAAGAGAUAAAGUCGGAUGGUUUCGAUUCUGGAGUUUGUAUUGCCAAGGCAAGGGCAAGAUGACGGCGUUCUUGACUAGAGGGAACGAUGGUAGAGAAUGAUAAGUUAUUGACAGCUUAGACUGCUGCUUGGACUGCCUUUGCAUGGUAGUAUGCAGGGUCACGUGGAUAGCUUUAGCAUACGGAAGGCUGAGCGAUUAACCUCAUAGCACAGCCCUCUACAGCUCUAGGCGGCGGAAAUCCUCUCGAUGAGCAAGCAUCACCAACGUCUAAGCAAAGGCAGCGGGUACAGCGACAAAUUCAUGGCAGAAAACGCCUCCGUGCGUUACCUGUUGAUUGGAAAACAGAGAAGCGGCGAGGAAAUCACUACGCACCUCUG